GCCGAGAACCUGCUGCUGGACGCCGACGCCAACAUCAAGAUCGCCGACUUUGGCUUCAGCAACGAGUUCUCGCGGGGCUCCAAGCUGGACACGUUCUGCGGCUCGCCGCCCUACGCCGCGCCCGAGCUCUUCCAGGGCAAGAAGUACGACGGGCCCGAGGUGGACAUCUGGAGCCUGGGGGUCAUCCUCUACACGCUGGUCAGCGGCUCGCUGCCCUUCGACGGACACAACCUCAAGGAGCUGCGGGAGCGCGUGCUGCGGGGCAAAUACCGCGUGCCCUUCUACAUGUCCACGGACUGCGAGAACAUCCUGCGGCGCUUCCUGGUGCUCAACCCCGCCAAGCGCUGCACCCUCGAGGUCUGGGGGUCCACGGGGGUCUGCGGGGUCCCCAGAGGGAUUUGA